AUGGCCGACGAAAACGAUAAGUCGAGACUCCUGAAUGACGAAUUACGCAGCAACGUCAUACAGAAAGUUCUCCACAUGGCCAUAAGGCCCGAUCCGGCUAGUGAGAUCGUGAUGGUCAGCAACUCGAGAGUCGGGGCCCCACAACAACAGUCUUGCAUUCAGCAGGUCCUCAGGUAG